AUGCGUGCUACUCUCCUUUUCCUCGCCAUUUGUUGCCUCAUCGUUUCGACCCUGUCGAAAAAAUUGCCCCCGGGCGCCAUGCGUAAGAACCCGGGGAGGUGAGUGAGACCAAACCGCCUUGACAACGAUCCGUUCACUCGAGGGAUUCCCCGAAUCAAGGACUGAUAAUAUGACCUACUUACAAUGCCUUGAUCUUUGCGAUAUAGCUGUGCUGCUGUUCGCAACAUGAUCCCCCACUGCAGGUAAAACAGCCCGCUUUCUCCUGGGGAGUAGGCUGGUGUUUGCGACGAACGUUACGGCAGCGGUGCUACGAGCAACACUAGAGAGUGUGUCAACCACAUGAGAUAAGACCUCCAUUCUGAGACGGAUUAUUUCGGCAUCCUCCAGAGACUGCAAGAAAUCCUGCGACGUUCAUUCCGAGAAGGACAUCGCGUAAGUUUCCAUCAUCGGUUGAUCUGAACGCGCGACUUCGUCAUGAAGUAACUCUUGCACGCCAUCCAUCACCAGCCAAAGGGAAGCAUGCUACGCCAACUGUAGCGUCGACAAAACCCCGUGCAAGAGAGUCACCAUUCUCGGCAAAUGUCUCAAGAAAUGUGCCGAUGACGGGAUCUAUGUGUUCAACCCCCCGUGAGUUCAAGAUAGAAAACUGCGACAGAAAACUGCCAAUAGCCGUUCAGCUAGUCAGCUGAUUCUGGGCGAUCAUAACCUUUCAAUACCCUCGGAAAAGCAGUGGAGAAAGUUCCCAGCAGAUGACCACUUGCGUCGACGGCGAUAAUAACAAGAGCUGCUGUAUUCAAGGCUGUUGCACCAUCGCCGAAUUGGUGGAAGAAACGGCGUAG